AUGAGCGCCGCUAAAAAAUACAAGUCUAUGGACACAGGUGACCAACUACAGGACACUGAGAACUACACAAACAAUCGUUUGAAGAAACAAACAGAUAACCACUUUUACAGUCCCUCCACAUCGGCUCGUUGUGCCUUGGGACAAAAUUUAAAUCAACCAUCAGCAACGUCAACUUCACAACUGCCGUUCAGCAUGAAUAAUACUAAUAACAAUUUGGGCGUAGGUAAUAACACUAACGGAGAAAGGCGUGCUAAUUUUUCGAUGUUAGAUGGGGCACAUAUGAACGAUCAUCGUUCAGCCACAACUACCUCAGCGUACUUCAAUAAGAUGGGUGCGAAUAAUGCCUCGAAGCCGGGAGAUGUUAAAAAAAUUGUUAUAAAAAACUUCAAGGUGAAACCUACACUGCCGGACAAUUAUUCGGAACAUACAUGCGAAAAAUUGCAAGAAGCAGUUGUCGCAAUUCAAUUAUCAAAACCGAUUAGGUACUCAUUAGAAGAACUGUAUCAAGCCGUAGAAAAUAUGUGCAGCCAUAGAAUGGAUGCGCAGUUGUAUGCAAAACUUAAAGAACUGACAGAAGCUCAUGUAAAACGUAAUGUCGAGUCAUUUACUGGCGGAACUAUGGAUAAAUUGAUUUUUUUGAAAAAGAUAAACGGCUGGUGGUUGUCGUUUUGCCAGCAAAUGAUUAUGAUGCGCAGUAUAUUUCUAUAUUUGGAUCGAACAUAUGUUUUGCAAAACCCUAUUGUGCACUCUAUAUGGGACAUGGGAUUGGAUCUCUUUCGCACUCAUAUAGCUAUGAAUGACCAAGUGCAAAAGCGUACUGUGGAAGGCAUACUUAUGUUAAUUGAAAAAGAGCGUACGGGUGACGCUGUGGAUAGGGGAUUACUUAAGAGCCUCGUUCGAAUGUUAUGUGAUUUGCAAAUAUAUGAAAUUGCGUUCGAAAGUAAAUUCCUGAUUGCAACCAAGCAACUAUAUCAGGCAGAAGGGCAGCGAAAAAUGCAAGAACUCGAUGUACCCGAGUAUUUGAGGCAUGUGGACAAAAGAUUGGCUGAGGAGAACGAACGCCUAUUACAUUAUCUAGACUCUAGUACUAAAUAUCCUUUGAUUUACACUGUAGAAAAAGAACUACUCGCCGAACACCUCACACAGAUUUUACAAAAAGGUCUGGACACACUCUUGGAAGAAAAUAGACUGAGUGAUCUCACACUGUUAUACAGCCUUCUGAGUAGGGUCAAAAACGGCACAGCCGAACUGUGUGGAAAUUUCAAUGGCUACAUUAAGAAAAAGGGACGCACUAUCGUCAUUGACCCAGAGAAAGAUAAAAGUAUGGUUCAGGACUUGCUGGACUUCAAGGAUAAAAUGGACGUGAUAGUGCGUAACUGCUUCGAGCAUAAUGAAAAAUUCACGAAUUCCCUGCGAGAGGCUUUCGAGUUCUUCAUAAAUCAACGAGCAAAUAAGCCGGCUGAAUUAAUUGCCAAAUAUGUUGAUAUGAAGUUAAGGGCUGGUAAUAAGGAAGCCACGGAAGAGGAACUGGAGCAGAUACUCGAUAAAAUAAUGGUGCUCUUUCGUUUUAUUCACGGAAAAGACGUGUUUGAAGCAUUCUAUAAAAAGGAUUUGGCGAAGCGUUUAUUGGUUGGAAAAUCUGCGUCUGUGGAUGCUGAAAAGAGUAUGUUGUCCAAGUUAAAACAAGAGUGUGGUGGCGGGUUCACAUCGAAGUUGGAGGGCAUGUUCAAGGAUAUGGAAUUGAGUCGGGAUAUAAAUAUUGCUUUUAAGCAGUAUGUCGCAAACAUGGAUCGGGAAAUAACGAGCAUGGAUUUGACUGUGAGCAUCCUUACUAUGGGAUAUUGGCCUACCUACCAGCUUACAGAAGUAACAAUGCCACCACAACUCGUUAACCCCCAACAAGUGUUUAACAAGUUUUACUUAGCUAAACACAGCGGACGGAAGCUGCAAUGGCAGCCAACACUAGGCAAUUGUGUACUAAAAGCUCAGUUCGAUGCGGGGCCGAAAGAGCUGAUGGUUUCAUUAUUUCAAGCGCUUGUGCUCUUGCUGUUCAAUGACAAAAACGCAUUGAGUUUCGAAGAUAUUGUUGCGGCAACAAAUAUUGAAGAUGGAGAACUGCGCAGGACAUUACAAUCGUUGGCCUGUGGUCGUGCGCGUGUUAUUUCUAAAACACCAAAGGGACGUGAAGUGGAGAACAAAGAUUUGUUCCAAUACAAUAAUGAAUUUACAAACAAAUUGUUCCGUAUCAAAAUUAAUCAAAUCCAAAUGAAGGAAACGACGGAAGAGCAGAAGGCUACAGAAGAGCGCGUAUUCCAAGAUCGACAGUAUCAAAUUGAUGCAGCUAUUGUGAGAAUAAUGAAAAUGCGUAAAACGCUUAGUCAUAAUUUACUCAUCGGUGAACUUUUUAAUCAACUUACAUUUCCCGUUAAGCCUGCUGACCUAAAAAAACGCAUUGAAUCACUUAUAGACCGCGAUUAUAUGGAACGCGACAAAGAUAAUCAAAACCAAUAUAAUUACGUUGCAUAAAUUUUGAUUUCGGCUGCGUAUAUCGAUUGGAACUGCUCGGAAGCACACCCCUUCUUCAUAAUCCCCAUAUUUCAUAUUAACAUUAUUUCAUUCGUAACCUGAAUCUAAAAGAAAAGAACUACCGAUUACUCACAUCAUAUCCUUUUGCUUUACAAAUGUAUAACAGUUUUAACGUCGUUAUAUAAAAAAGCAUGUCCGGCCAAAAUGAAAUCAUAACAUAAAAAAUAUUCUAAUCAAGAUAGCGUUAAACCAAAGUUCUAUUUUCUGGUUUGGUUUGGACGUUUUAGCAGGGUCUAGCACAGUAGAUGUAGAAGCCACGUUGAAAACACAAGGGGCAGUGGCUGUUUUGCCUAUGAUGAAAUGAAGUAUAUGUAUAAUUAGUUACUUUUCAUAAAUUUAAUAUAAUUUUAUCUAUUAAAAUGAAAUAUUAACUUCUUAUGUAUGUAUGCAAACACCUGUUGCUUUUGCUCCUCUUCUAAUUCUUGCUUUGUUAUGAUGGCAAUGCGGAGGAGUUAUACAAACGGCAAUGUAGAACAUUUGCAAAAAAGCACUUAUCAUUUUGAAUAUGAACGAAGUGGAGAAAGUAUGUAUGUAAAUGCUUAUGCAUAGAUACAGUUAGUGUUAAAUGAGUUUAUAAAUUCGCAGGAAUACCAUGGGUGGCAAACAAAAAACAAAAAAUUUGUUCCCUUUUGAUAAUUUAAAUCGUAGUUUAUUGCAUAUAAUAAAAAUAAAAAACAAUAUAAAUAUAUAUAAAUGUAAUUUUAAUAAUAAAAGUUUUCAGAACUUAAUAUUUGCCCAAUA